UGGAUUUGGGCGAGUGUCCUUGUCUCGUUUGCCCACUGUUAUAUAAAUAAUUGCAUCUUUUUUGGCCUUAACCAAGAUCAAUAAAGUAGGAGACAAAAUUUCACUUGAAAAAUGGAGAAAAAUUUAGAUAGAAUUAUGGACGAAAUCAUGAACAAUCCGGAUGUAAGUGGUUGUAUUUUCUCGGAUGAACAAGGGCUAUGUUUGGGAGCUAGAGAGUUUAGCAAGGUAUCUUCCGAAACAGCAGGUGUAAUUACAACAAUAGCUAAUGAAGCAGCAAAACUGGAACCCAAAAACAAAAUGCCCAUUAUAACUCUGGAAGGGGACACCAAAUUGUGUAUGAUCCAGAAAACGGGAGCCGUUACGGGCGCUAUUUAUAAAGCCUUACCCAAGUAG